GCACUGACUGGCAGCACUGCUGGGCUGCACUGGUGGGUGGCACUGGUGGGCAGCACUGGUGGGUGGGCACAGGUGGGGUGGGCACAGGUGGUGGGCACUGGUGGGUGGGCACAGGUGGGUGGCACUGCUGGGCACAUGUAGGUGGCACUUCUGGGCACAGGUAGGUGGCAUGCAGAGUGGGCACAGGUGGGUGGCACUGCUGGGGGGGCACAACGGGUGGGCGGGGCUAGUGGCACUUCUGGGCACAGGUAUCCCCGCUGGGCACUGCAGAGUGGCACAGUGGUGGGGGCACUGCUGGGCACAGGUGGGGGCACUGCACGGGUGGGCGCACUGCUGGGCGGAACAUGCGGGU